AUGAAGACUAACUCAGAAAAUCGACUUCGUGAAGGCAAAAUUGGCGAAAGCGUUAAAAUUAGAAUACCUGAUGUUGAUAAAGCACGGAGUGAUCUGCGAUCCAUUUUAGGAGUCAUUAUGUCUGUAAAAAACAAUAAUUAUGAAAUUGGUACCACUGAAGGUAAACUUCAACAACUUUAUGCUAGAAAUCAAUUUGAAAUAUGCAAAGAGUCAUUUGUCCAGAUUGAAACAGUACCAACAACACCUCCGAUAUCAUUAAGAGAAGCAGCUAGAAAAUUUUCUAAUCUUUUCGGUCAAGGAUAUGACUGGUGUAACUGUAAACAGCAAUGCAAGACAAAUAAAUGUAGGUGUAGGGCUGCAGGUAAACUAUGUACUUCUAAAUGUCACGAUAGCUUAAGUUGCCAUAAUAAAUAA